AUGUUUUGGCAUUUAGCAAGAAUAUUCGUUUUAUUCGGUUAUUUGCAAAGAGUUUUGGCCAUUGAGCAUGAUUCGAUAUGUACAGCGGAUGGUGCUUGUCCGGAACCAAGUCAUACAAUCAUGAGACUUCGUGAAAGAAAUGACAAAAAAGCUCACUUAAUUGCGAAACAACAUGGUUUGGAAAUUAAAGGUAAGCCAUUCUUAGACGGCACAUAUUACUUUGUUAUUCAUUCACAAAAGGAACGUUCAAAGCGACAAAAACGUGAAAUAAUCUCAAGAUUGCAAGAGCAUCCUGAUAUUCUGUUGAUCGAAGAACAAAGGCCGAGGGUAAGGCGAAAACGUGAUUUUGUUUAUUCGGAUACCGUGUAUGAACGUGAUAGUGGUUUCAUCAAUGUUGUAAAACGUGCUGAAUCGAUAGCUAAUGCUGAACAGCGUAUUAAUUCCAUACAACGUGAUGUACCUGUUUUGCCAUUUCCAGAUCCGCUGUAUAAGGAGCAGUGGUAUCUUAACAAUGGUGCACAGGGAGGUUUUGACAUGAAUGUGCAGGCUGCAUGGUUAUUAGGUUAUGCUGGUCGUAAUGUAUCUGUUUCAAUAUUAGAUGAUGGUAUACAGCGAGAUCAUCCGGAUCUGGCAGCAAAUUAUGAUCCAUUGGCAAGUACGGAUAUUAAUGGUCAUGAUGAUGAUCCAACUCCGCAAGAUGAUGGUGACAAUAAGCAUGGUACACGUUGUGCAGGUGAAGUUGCAUCAAUUGCUGGGAAUGUAUACUGUGGUGUCGGUGUUGCAUUUCAUGCAAAAAUCGGAGGUGUACGAAUGCUUGAUGGUCCUGUGAGCGAUAGUGUUGAAGCAGCAAGUCUGUCUCUUAAUCGUCAUCAUAUUGAUAUUUAUUCGGCGAGUUGGGGCCCUGAAGAUGAUGGAAGAACGUUUGAUGGUCCUGGGCCGUUAACUCGAGAAGCAUUUUAUCACGGUGUUAGAGUAGGACGUGAUGGUAAAGGAAGUAUUUUUGUUUGGGCCAGUGGUAAUGGUGGUUCAAGGCAAGAUAGCUGCUCUGCUGAUGGUUAUACGACAUCUGUCUAUACACUCAGUGUUAGUUCGGCGACAAUUGAUAAUCGCAGUCCAUGGUACUUGGAAGAGUGUCCAUCAACCAUCGCUACAACAUAUAGCAGUGCUAAUAUGAAUCAACCGGCUGUUAUAACAGUUGAUGUACCACACGGUUGCACUCGUUCACAUACGGGUACUAGUGCAUCUGCUCCAAUUGCAGCGGGUAUUAUUGCGUUGGCAUUGGAAGCUAAUCCAAAUUUGACAUGGCGCGACAUGCAACAUAUUGUACUGCGGACAGCCAAUCCAGUACCACUGUUGAAUAAUCCAGGCUGGUCGGUGAAUGGGGUUGGACGACGAAUUAACAACAAAUUUGGUUAUGGACUGAUGGAUGCCGGAGCACUGGUAAAGCUCGCAUUGAUCUGGAAAACGGUACCAGAACAACACAUUUGUACAUAUGACUAUAAGCUAGAGAAGCCAAAUCCGCGACCAAUAACGGGUAGUUUUCAAAUGAAUUUUUCACUGGAAGUAGGUGGUUGUGAAUCUGGUACACCAGUUCUCUAUCUCGAGCAUGUACAAGUUUUGGCAACAUUUCGCUUUGGGAAAAGGGGCGACCUGAAACUCACACUGUUUUCGCCACGUGGUACCUCUUCUGUAUUGCUUCCACCUCGUCCACAGGAUUUCAAUUCGAAUGGUAUCCAUAAGUGGCCCUUCUUGUCCGUUCAAACAUGGGGUGAAGAUCCUCGUGGAACGUGGACUUUGAUGGUGGAAUCUGUUAGCACGAAUAGAAAUAUUGGAGGAACGUUCCACGACUGGUCGCUGUUGUUAUAUGGUACGGCUGAACCUGCUCAACCAAAUGAUCCUCGGCAUCCCUCAAAUCCAUCACCCUCUUCAGUCGAAUCUCCAUUUGAUCGAAUUACUCAGCAUAUAGCAUCACAGAUUACCCCAACUGAAACAUUAACCAAUUUUGGUGAUUUGCGUUCAGCACCAGAUUGUCAUUCAGAAUGUAUUGGAUGUACGGAAUCACGAUCGGCAGUUAGUUGUUUUUCUUGCAGGCAUUUUACGCAAUCCCUACGUAAUCGUGCAGGAUUCAAAUGUGUGGCGAGAUGCGAUGAGGGAUACUUUUUAGAAGGGAAUAAAUGUCGUGCAUGUAGUCCGAAUUGCAAAACAUGCAUCAAAGCAGAGCAAUGCGAAACAUGCCCUGGUGCGCAACUCUUAAUCGAUGUAAAUCAUUAUGGACAUUUGGAUCAUGGGCAGUGCAUUGAUGCAUGUCCACCUGAACUCGAACCGGACUAUACAAUAGCAGUACAGGCACGUUGUAUACUAAGAAGGAAUAAAUGUUCCAUUGGAUAUUAUGAAGCAGCAAAUUCUAUUUGUACACCAUGUGAUGAUGCAUGCAGGACAUGUCAUGGUCCUGGACCUUUGCAGUGCGAUUCAUGUGCGACAAACUUUAGUAACAGAUCGGUUGGAUAUUGUCGACCGUGCUGUAGAGUGGGCGAGGAUCCAAUGCUCUAUCAUUGUGAGGAUUGCACGUCAUUAUCAUUGCAACUACAUACAACGCAUUCAUCACUCUCUCACACAUUACUUUUCACGCUUAUUUUUCUAACUUUAUGUAUUGUUGUCGUUGUAUUCAUUAUGAAAAUUGGCAUUGGUAAUUCUUCCAGUCGUACUAAUCGGAACAUCGAUUAUGCACCUUUACCAGCCAAAGAGCAACUGGUUGAUUCUUUUGCGGAUACAACGGAUUCUGAAUCUGCCGAUGAAAUUAAUGAUCAUGAUGGACUUCGAAACUCAUGA